AUGGCGACAACAACCCUGACUGGUUUCUCGGUGAUGAGCCUGCUGAGCCUUGGCUACCUGAGCUGGGAUCUAAUGAGCCCCAAUCAGGUGGAAAACGAGCCUGACCAGACUUUCAAUGACAGGACUCCUGUCCAGCAACCUCCUCAUAUAAUCUUUAUCAUGACAGAUGACCAGGGCUUCAAUGACAUUGGCUAUCACGGCUCUGACAUUAGGACACCCGUACUGGAUAAACUGGCUGCAGAUGGUGUGAAGCUGGAGAAUUAUUAUGUUCAGCCCAUCUGUACACCGUCCCGAAGUCAACUCAUCACUGGCAGGUACCAAAUUCAUACUGGCCUUCAGCACUCCAUCAUCCGUCCACGCCAACCCAACUGCCUGCCCUUCGACCAGAUCACCCUCCCUCAGAGACUUCAGCAGCUCGGCUACUCAACCCACAUGGUUGGCAAGUGGCACCUGGGCUUCUACAAGAAGGAGUGCUUGCCCACAAGACGAGGCUUUGACACAUAUUUGGGCUCUCUGACGGGCAGCACGAACUACUACACAUAUGAGUCCUGUGAUGGCCCCAGGCUUUGUGGUUUUGAUCUCCAUGAGGGCGAGUUGGUUGCCUGGAGACACAGGGGCAAAUACUCCACACAUCUGUACACUCAGAGAGUUCGCAAGAUCCUCGCGGCCCAUGAUCCUCUGUCCCAGCCACUCUUCAUCUUCCUGUCCUUUCAAGCUGUUCACACACCUUUGCAGUGUCCUCAGGAGUACAUCCGCCCGUAUAAGGAGCUGGAGAACGUUGCACGUAGAAAGUACGCCGCAAUGGUCUCCAUUGUAGAUGAAGCUGUUCGCAACAUAACGUAUGCCCUCCGCAAGUAUGGAUACUAUCAAAACAGCGUCCUAAUUUUUUCCACUGAUAAUGGAGGCCAGCCUUUGUCUGGGGGCAGCAAUUGGCCACUUCGAGGACGUAAAGGUACUUACUGGGAGGGUGGUGUCCGAGGUUUAGGGUUUGUACAUAGCCCUCUCUUGAGGAAGAAAAGGAGGGUUAGUAAAGCACUGGUACACAUUACUGACUGGUAUCCCACUUUGGUCGGGUUGGCAGGUGGCAAUGAGUCCCUGACUGAGGGGGUUGAUGGGUACAAUGUCUGGGAGGCCAUCAGUGAAGGAAAAGAGUCACCCAGACUUGAGAUACUCCACAAUAUCGACCCUUUAUACAACUAUGCACGCACUGGGUCCCUGCAGAAAGGAUUUGGGAUUUGGAAUACCGCAAUUCAGGCCUCCAUUCGAGCAGGAGACUGGAAACUUCUGACCGGAAACCCUGGUUAUGGAGAUUGGAUUCCACCUCCUAUUCUUCCAGGUUUUCCUCGGGAAUAUUGGAACCUGGAGAGACACAUUAAACCUCGCAAAUCUGUGUGGCUCUUUAAUGUUUCCGGAGAUCCCUACGAACAUUUUGACCUGUCUGAACAGAGGCCAGAUGUUGUGAAGGAGCUCUUAGCCAGACUGGUGUUCUACAACAGGACGGCAGUACCCGUAAGGUUUCCCUCAGAGGACCCACAAGCAGACCCCCAACUAAAUGGUGAAGCCUGGGGUCCCUGGAUGGGAGAUGAAGAGGAGAAGAACUGGGAUACUGUUUACGAGAAAGAAAACAUGGAAUGGAAAAGAAAGUUUAAGAUGUUCAAGAGCAGGUCAUUUUUUAGAAGACUAAACACAAGGAUGAUGUCUAACAAAAUAUAGAAGCAAAAAGCUGAAGUGAAAAACUGAAAAUAUAACUGAAAUCAACAAGGAUGAUGUCUAAUAAAGUAUAAUAAAAUAGAUCAAGACAUUUUAAAUGCGGAUUCACAAUAAGAGAAGAUACUGCUGCAGUGGACCGGAUCUUCCGAUUCAAUUAAAUACAUUUGGGUUUAAACAUAAACCUACAAUAUGCACUUAUCAGAGACUAAGACUUAAAACUGAGGCAUGAAACUUUAAUAAACAUUUUUUUCCAUGCAUAUUUAUUAAAAUUAUCACCAUGUGCUGACAGUAUGAGAGAUAACCUAUGAAAGAAACAAGCUCUUCCAUCUCUUCCUAGAGAUAUUAUUUCCACUCUUAUUCAGAAACAACCAAACAAAGCAAAGAGAAGCAUCUUGGUGCUGUCAGUCAAGCUUGUGUAUGUGCUGCUUAAUGUGCUAAUGGCAUCAGCGGUGGCCAUGCUAAGGGCAUGACAUGUUAUGGCCUGUUCUGCUGAUGGGGAGGAGCUGUCACAUAACAGAGAGAAAGGGGGAGACUGUGAGCAGCACAUACACAAGCCUGAUUGCCAGUGCCAAGACUCUCUUCCUGGCUGUGAUUGGUUGUUUCUGAUUGACAGGUGUAUUUCUGUAGUUAGCACUGGAAGCUUUGGGAGAAGGCAGAGGAAGUUGAUUUUUUUUUCCACAUAUUAUUUGUCUUGCAUGACAUUCGACAGCUUUAACAAAUGUGAAAAACUUUUUAAAAAUAGAAUUUAGAUUCCCCAG